AUGGUCAGUGUCCUCGCAACUGCGCGAGACGAACCCAUCGGGCCCUGGCGAGACAGCCAUCUUAACGUAUCCAUUAACACGGUCGUUGCCAUUCUUUCUGCUAUACUGACUGGCACAUGCACGUUUAUGGUAGGAGAAGUGACCGGUCAGACAAAGUGGCAGUGGUUUGAGAAACCUCGCAAACUUCGAGACUUCGCCUGGAUCGAUAGCGCUAGCAGAGGUCCAUGGGGCUCUUUCCAGCUACUUUAUCGAAUUAGUAUCCCCUGUCAGCCCGACCUCACCAAUCAAACCGUCCUCAUUCCAACAGCAGAUUGGUACCAUGUAAAACAGGGUGAGAAGCCAAGAAACACCAUUCCUAGCCCUGGUGAUUUCACGCUUUGGGGCAUAGACAGAUCCAAUGCCGAUCCAGCCCUAAAGGCCUCUGUCUACAGUGGUCUUUGGAGCAGCUCAACGACAGUCAUCAAUGCUUUCACAGCUGGUCUCAGCUGUCCAGGCGUCAACUGCACUUUUCCAAUGUACACGACCUUGGGUGUUUGCCAUCAGUGCGCUGAUGUAUCCUCUUCCAUCGUGAAGAGUUGCGAUGCAACAUUGUCUGAGCAGUAUGAGGGCGGAUACCACCCACAAUGCAAGUGGUCCUUACCCACCGGCCAACAUCUGAAUAAUUGGAUUCGGAUAGACACGUCUUACAAUCGAACCAGGGACAAGAUCUCUAUCAACUUCGCCGUCAUGAACUCGACGGCCUCGACUAUCAUUCUUCCGCAUGUCCCUGGAACCUUCACCAAUGUUACGUUUCUAGCGAACACUACGACCGAUCCAAAUUGUGGCGUUGACUCGGGCAACAAUUGCGGCGAUAUCAUGGGAGCUCCUACCAUGGAGCUCAAGCCGAUGGCAGUAGAAUGCUCACUUUUUCCAUGCGCUCGAACCUAUACAGCAGCCAUUGUCGAUGAUAGAGUGGUAGAGACCAAGGUCAAACGUACGCUUGGCACAGGAAAUUGGCAUCGAGAUCGGGGCGACUGGGCCCAAGGGCUUCUUCCAACCGACAUCGCGAUCGAUCCAGAUGAACCUUGCUCGUCUUGGUGGCCCUCGGGGCAAGAACCGCCUCCAUGCACAUAUGAAGCCAGCGCCCCUCUCAUCAUAGCUCUUGGCGACUUCUUCUGGGGCUUCUGGAAUGGAACGGUCACUGGGCUGACAUGGGGUGGCGCCGCGCCUAACAACGAUGUCCUAAACGUAUUUUUCAGUAUCGGUGUCACCAAUUUCACGUAUGUCGACAAUAUCCUACGCGCAACAAAAAUGCCUUGGACGAAGGAAAUCAUCGCAGCACGAAAUGCACUCCUCAAGUCACACUACGGACGAUUUAACAGCCUGGUCAAAGAUGGGCCGGAGUGGACGAGACUUGCAGAGUCUGGAAGCGUCUGGGACUCAAUCUACAAUAUCUGGAACAAGGAGCCGUGGAUGGCGGCACAAGAUAAAUUGAAGAAAGAGUUACACAAAUUGGACGAUCUGCGCGAGAAAGUCCACCUAGAUGGUAAGAAGAGAUCUUCCUUGAACAUCGGGCUGCAUCAUACAAGGUUUUGCAGCGACGUUCUUGCUACUUUCUCUUGGGAAAGCUGCAUGAUCGAGAAUAACCCUCUUUCGUUAGCAACCGUAAGAAAGAUCGAGGCGGGUAUACCAAAGGUGAUGCAAACGAGCAAGCACGUAUUUGAAGAGGCGAUGAAAACCCCCCUACCGUCCGCGGAAGAGUUGGUGUGGUUAGAUGAAGGCGAUGCCGUAAAGUCAGAUCCAUACCUUGAGUUGCGCAACAACAUCGUUGCGACAGAAGCUGCAUUGUCCAGCAAACAUCUACAACGCGCAACAAAGUCCGAAGAGCUGCUCAAAGACAUACGAACAAUAUCACGCAUUCUCUUUCUUGACACAAAAGUUCACUUCAAGGCUGGCGAGCUACGCACCCUGCCAAUCCAGGUUCAUUUAGACCCGAAGGCCAUCUUUCCCUAUCCUCACGAACUGCGCCAAAACCUUGAACGGUGGUCAGACUUUGUUGGUGUCUGGAAAAAUCAUUCCGAGAUCCACCCUUUGCUCAAAGCAGCUUGGGACAGUUUCUACUACGUGAGCAUCUAUCCGUUCCAAGAUGGCAACGGAAGAACUUCGCGCAUACUCUUCGCCACUCACCUCGCUAAGAACAAGAUGCUUCCAGUUAUAUGCUCAGAGUGGCUUCCAAGGGAGCAAUACCUGCGGUACAUGUCCCUGACAAGAUCUGGCAAUCCAUUCCCAUGGUGCCAAGAUCUCGUUCAUUGCCAGAUUGCCGCAUUGGAGGGUAUCAAUGGUAUAUCGGGUGGACCUUGA